CCUCAGGAAUCACGUGAUACUUCCAGAUCCUGUGUGUCCCGAGUAAAAGCUACAGAUAGUCUAAGGACGAUGAAGCUGAUUAUACUUAAUGACUACGACCAGGCAAGCGAGUGGGCUGCGAAGUACAUUAGAAACAAGAUUUUACUAUUCAAACCUGGCCCGGACAGAUAUUUCACCCUGGGGCUUCCAACAGGAAGCACACCUUUGGGUUGUUACAAGAAACUGAUUGAGUACUACAAGAAUGGAGAAAUCUCAUUUGAGUAUGUAAAGACUUUCAACAUGGAUGAAUAUGUAGGACUUCCCAGAGAUCACCCUGAGAGCUACCACUCCUUCAUGUGGAAUAACUUCUUUAAGCAUAUAGACAUAAAAGCAGAGAACACCCACAUCCUCGAUGGCAAUGCCGCCGAUCUGACAGCAGAGUGCGAAGCCUUUGAGAAAAAGAUAACAGCUGCUGGAGGGAUCGAGCUCUUCGUCGGAGGUAUUGGACCUGAUGGCCACAUUGCCUUUAAUGAACCUGGCUCAAGCUUGGUUUCCAGGACCAGGGUGAAGACUCUGGCAAAGGACACUAUCAUGGCUAACGCCCGAUUCUUUGAUGGGGAUCUCUCAAAGGUGCCCACCAUGGCUCUGACUGUGGGAGUGGGCACAGUCAUGGAUUCAAAAGAGGUCAUGAUUCUCAUCACUGGAGCACACAAGGCAUUUGCUUUGUACAAAGCAAUAGAGGAAGGUGUGAAUCACAUGUGGACAGUGUCUGCGUUCCAGCAACACCCACAGACUGUUUUUGUAUGUGAUGAAGACGCCACCCUGGAGCUGCGGGUCAAAACUGUGAAGUACUUCAAAGGGAUGAUGCAUGUGCACAACAAGCUGGUGGAGCCACCUCCCACAGAGCCUAAGAAGAACUGAUCUAAGGAGAUCUCUUUCAAACUUGGUGGAUUCAUGAGACAUUUUUCAAAAAUUUACACUCCAAUGAUUCCUUUAGCUUCUGAUGGGGACACAAGCAGUGCUUGGAGUUGACAACAGCUAAUCUUUUUUAGAAGUAAUCAGGCGCCUGUAUAGCACAGAUUUAUACGUAUUCAGGUGAUUGUUCAUACAGCUGUGCUAUUCAUUUGUUCUUUGUAAUAAAGUGCAUUUAAUUUUUAAA